AUGAAGACUGGAGAAGCCAUUUCAGUCUUUCUGCUGGUUCUGGUCACCUCAAGUUAUGGGAUACAGAGAGCGCCACGUAUUAUCACCCUAUUAGAGACAGUGGAUGUACUAUUGGAUCACAACACCACCUUCAUCUGUGAGGUGGAGUCCCGUCCCCCCGCUGAAAUCACUUGGACCAAGAAUAACCACCCAAUAAUGUACUAUGACAGCAGGUACAUUAUCAGGGAGCAGGGACAGAUGCUGAUCAUCCCUCAUGUGAGAGAGUCAGACAAUGGAGAGUACUGCUGCAUCGCCAGCAACGGCAUUGGAGAGCCAGCCAAGAGCUGCGGAGCUCUGCAGCUAAAGAUGAAGCCACAGAUCAAACGCCAUCCCACCAAUGUGACCCUUCUGGUUGAAUCCAAAGCAGUGUUGCCCUGUGUUACCCUCGGCAACCCCAAACCAGAUGUGACCUGGCUCAAAGAUGAUGAGCUUAUCAAGGUCAGUGAUCGUGUUACCAUUCUAGACUAUGGUGCAUUGAAGAUCCAUAACAUACAGAAGGAGGAUGCUGGCCAGUAUCGCUGUGUGGCCAGGAAUAGCUUUGGUUUGGCCUUUUCAAAGCCUGUCACCAUAGAGGUACAGGCUCCAGCACGAAUCCUGCGGGUUCCUAAGGAGAAGAGGGUAGCGUACGGCAGACAGAUUUCCCUGGAGUGUAACGCCACAGGGAAUCCGAUCCCCACCAUCACCUGGCUGGAAAAUGGGAAUACUAUCUCAGGUGCGUCUGUCGAAGAGACUUUGACGGGAGAGGUGAUCCUGUCCGUUCUUAAAGUGACGGUGAAUAAGCCGGCUCUGUACACGUGUCUGGCCUCCAACAGGCACAGUGCCGGCGCCAACACUGUCAAGGCAACCGCCAGAGUCACUGUCGCAGAGUGGAGGCUCUACAAGGGCGUCUCAGGCUACUGCAGUGCCUAUCGUGGAGAUGUGUGCCGCACCAUCCUGCGAGACGACUUGCUGGUUUUCUUUAACUCUUCCCUCUCGGACCCCGAGGACAUGCAGGAGUACCUGGUUCAGAGCUGGUGGACGGAGCUGGAAGGACUCAGUGUGCUUUGCAGCCCCGCAGUACGCUCACUGCUUUGCCACUCCUCCUUCCCCGACUGCAACCCGUCAGGGUUAGGACCGGCACCUAAACCCGUCUGCAGAGAACACUGCCAGGCAGUGAAGGAGCUGUACUGUCAUAAGGAGUGGUUGGUACUAGAGGGCAGCAGUUCGGUCCAGCCUGGCCUCUUCAGCUCUGUCACUGGGUCCCAAACUCCCGGUUCACUGCUGCCCAACUGUCAGGCCUUACCAAGUCUCCACACAGACCCUGAUGCUUGCACACAUGUCCCUUUUGUAGACAUCAAGAGGGAUCAAAUUACAACAACAUGUUACAGUGACAGAGGCCGUUUCUACCAAGGCAGCAUGAAUGUGACGAGGUCUGGGAUACCGUGUCAGUCAUGGAGGCAACAGGUUCCCCACCAGCACCGCCUGUCAGUGGACGUGAUUCCGGAGCUGAAGAACUCGGACAACCACUGCAGGAACCCGGGGGGGAUCAGCGACAGGCCCUGGUGCUACACCUCGAAUCCCAACAUCCGCUGGGAGUACUGCGCUGUGCCACACUGUGUGGAGACGAGCAUGGUGUCAGCGGUGAAGCCAGAGUCACCAGGCCCUCGUCAGACCCCUCACUUCCCUCCCACAACCACAGCAUUGUCGCCAGCAUACUCCAUGUCCGUGAUCGUCAUCAUCCUGACUGCGCUCGCAGCCGCGGUCUUCCUCACCGUCACCAUCCUGGCCUGCCGCAGGCGGAGGAAGCAGUGGAGGAACCGGAAGAGAGCGAUGGAGACCCCGCACCUGAGCGCUCUUCCUUCAGAGCUUCUGCUGGAUCGGCUCCACCCUAACCCAAUGUAUCAGCGGGUUCCCCUGCUGCUGAACUCAAAGCUGCUGGCCCUCGAGUAUCCCCGAAAUAACAUCCAAUAUGUUCGAGAUAUUGGAGAGGGAGCCUUUGGACGGGUUUUCCAAGCCAGAGCACCAGGCCUGCUGCCAAUGGAGUCUUUCACAAUGGUGGCGGUGAAGAUGCUGAAGGAGGAAGCCUCAGCCGACAUGCAGAACGACUUCCAGAGAGAGGCAGCGCUGAUGGCUCAGUUUGACCAUCCAAACAUCGUACGACUCCUGGGUGUGUGCGCAGUGGGUAAACCCAUGUGUCUGAUGUUCGAGUACAUGGCCCACGGCGACCUCAACGAGUUCCUGCGUCGCCGAUCUCCGACCCAGUCGGUGCGCACCCUCAGCCGCGCCAGCCUGUCGGGCCGCAGUUUUUCCUCCGAGCUGGAGGCGGGACUUCUCUCCUGUGCCGAGCAGCUGUCAAUUUCCAAGCAGAUCGCCGCUGGGAUGGCCUACCUAUCGGAGCGCAAGUUCGUCCACCGCGACCUUGCAACCCGGAACUGCCUGGUUGGGGAGGAAAUGGUGGUGAAAAUAGCAGAUUUUGGCCUCUCUAGAAACAUCUACUCGGCUGAUUACUACAAGGCCAAUGAGAAUGAUGCCAUCCCCAUUCGCUGGAUGCCCCCAGAGUCUAUUUUCUAUAACCGCUACACCACUGAAUCGGACGUGUGGGCCUAUGGCGUAGUGUUGUGGGAGAUUUUCUCUCACGGGAUGCAGCCCUACUACGGUAUGGGUCACGAGGAGGUUAUUUACUAUGUGAGGGAUGGCCACAUCCUGUCCAGUCCUGAGAACUGUCCUCUGGAGCUGUAUAAUCUGAUGAGGCUUUGUUGGAGCACACAACCAUCAGACAGGCCCAGCUUCAGUAGCAUACAUCGGAUACUGGAGCGUAUGCAUCAAAGCACUGUAAGCAUGAAUGCUGAUGCUGAGCCUGACUGCUAA